CAGCUUGACGCGUGCGCAAGCAAUCGCAGCCAGCCAACUUGUAACGACAUUCAACCCAACGGCAACGGCUUAUCGAUUGACUCCCCAUCAUCAAAGGACGACCACAUCAACCUCGACUGCUUCACGAAGUAUUUGACGAUUUUGACGAACCCCCAUAAUCGACACAGAGGGCACGAAACCCACCAUAGGACGAAUCCACAAGCCUUCAAUCUCUAGACCGUCUACCUGCAGGCGUCAUCAACCAUGGCGGCCAUGUUCAGCCAAAACCCCGUCAUGAACGGACCCAACUACGCUUUCUCAGAUACCCCCAGAGUCAACGCUCCAGGCGGUGCUCGGCAACAUGGUUUCAACCCAUACACCGACAACGGCGGCUCCACCCUCGCCAUCGCGGGCGACGACUUUGCCAUCAUGGCCGGCGACACGAGAAUGGCGUCUGGUUACAGCAUCAACACCCGCUUCUACCCCAAGGUGUUCAAGAUUGGCGGCACGACGGCCGACAACUCGGACGCGACCCUGGUGCUCUCGGUGGUCGGCUUCGCCGCUGACGGUGAGGCCCUCAAGGAGCGCCUCGACGCCAUCUGCAAGAUCUACCGCUACCGCCACGGCAAGCCCAUGACGGUCAAGGCCUGCGCCAAGCGCCUGUCCACCAUCUUGUACCAGAAGCGCUUCUUCCCGUACUACACCCACGCCAUCCUCGCCGGCAUCGACGAGGAGGGCCACGGCGCUGUCUACAGCUACGACCCCGUCGGAAGCUACGAGCGCGAGCAGUGCCGCGCGGGAGGCGCCGCCGCCAGCCUCAUUAUGCCCUUCCUUGACAACCAAGUCAAUUUCAAGAACCAGUACGUCCCCGGCAGCGGCACCGGCCACGACCUGCAGGAGCGGGAGAGGAAGCCCCUCCCCAGGGAGACGGUCGAGACCCUGGUCAAGGACGCUUUCGAUGGUGCGGUGGAGAGGCACAUCGAGGUCGGCGAUGGUUUGCAGAUGAUGAUUAUCACCAAGGACGGGAUCGAGGAGGUCAUCAUGCCGCUAAAGAAGGACUAACUUUGGCAGGUAUUGAGGGCCGGCUUGAUCGAAGGGUGUGUACCUGUUAUGAGGUGAGGGGAUUUGGUUUUUGACGGCUUACGGACAAAAAGGACCGAGGCUUUCCGUGUACAUUAUCUGCAUCCUCUAUCGGCGCCUACACACCUGUUCGCUUCCACCGGCCGAUGACUUAUAGAAUACAACUGACCUUUACGAUAAGCAUACAUUCACCCCGCGCAGGCUAACUUGGGUUAUUGUGGGAUUCUGAAAGCAGCCGCAAGGGUCAUUGGUUGAUUGACAGAACCCACAAG